CUGCAUUCUGCAACUAUUGUAAGAAAACAAGCCCUAAAAACUCUCUCCAAAACCCACGGGUCAGGACCAAAAGAUCCCAUCUUUUUCCGCUUAGUCCUCACCACAAUCAUUUGCCCAUUGAACAUCUCUCUCUACCCGCUCUAAAAACCCUGAAUCCCUACUAAAACCCAGCUGAAUCCCAAAAAGAAAAGCCCAUCCUUUUUUCACGUCCAACAGCUAAGCAUUUCCUCUCUCUCUCUCUCUCUCUCUCAUCUGGAAAACCUCAGCAAAAAUCAUUUAUUUUCCGUCUCUCUCUAACUCAUUUCAAAAUCUCUGCAAAAACCCAUCUUUUUCCACAUCAAACGCUCACCCACUAAACCCGAAACCCUGCCCAAAUGCCUAGCCAAACACCCAAGUGUCUCCACUUCCCCUGCCUCUUUCUCUUCACAAUCUUCACCAGUAUAGCUUUUGUAACCCCCAAAUCCACCAUAGAACCCUGUUCAAACUCAGACUCAUGCAAUGCCCUUGUAGGCUACACUCUCUACACUGACCUCAAGGUCUCCGAGGUCGCUUCCCUCUUCCAAAUUGACCCCAUUGCCCUCCUCACCGCCAACGCCAUUGACAUUGCUUACCCAGACGUUGAAAACCACAUCCUUCCCCCCCAACUUUUCCUCAAAGUUCCCAUUACUUGCUCUUGCAUCGACGGCAUUCGAAAAUCCACCUCGACCCACUACAAAACUCGACCUUCCGAUACCUUAUCGACCAUUGCUGAUUCGAUUUAUGGGGGUCUUGUAUCGGCUGAUCAAAUAAAAGAGGCCAAUACCAUAUCGGACCCUUCGGUUCUUGAUGUUGGGUUGAAUCUUAUGGUGCCUUUGCCUUGUACUUGUUUUAAUGAGACUGAUAAUAAUUUGCCUGCCAUUUAUAUGUCUUAUGUGGUGAAACCGAUUGACACAUUGGCUGGGAUUGCCGCGAGGUAUUCGACUACCAUUACUGAUCUUAUGACUGUUAAUUCCAUGGGUGGUCCUGCUAUUUCGGAUGGUGAUAUACUUGCCGUACCAUUGUCGGCUUGUGCAUCUAACUUUCCUAGAUAUGCCUCGGAUUAUGGCUUGACUGUGCCAAAUGGAAGUUAUGCUAUCACUGCAAGUCACUGCGUGCAAUGCAGUUGUGCACUUGGGAGUCGCAAUUUAUACUGCAUGCCAGCUUCCUUGGCUGUUUCUUGCUCGAGCAUGCAAUGCAGAAACAGUAAUCUCAUGCUCGGAAAUAUUACAUGGCAACAGAGUAGUGCUGGAUGCAAUGUUACUUCCUGUAAUUAUGGUGGCUUUGUCAAUGGAUCCAUUAUCAAUACGUUGUCCGUAUCUCUUCAACCUCGAUGCCCAGGACCUCUGCAAUUUCCUCCUCUCAUAGCCCCACCCACUUCAGUCAUCCCAGAUUCAUUAUUUGCUCCAGCACCUUCACCUUCUCAGUCUGGUGGUGCUCCGACAACGAUUCCAAAGUCUUCAGUAGUGCCUGCCUCUGGCUCAAGUAUAGCUUUUCCUCCCACAAAUGGACCCAGCGGAAGUGCCUUUGGUGCUUCUGGUGCUUGCUCCUUGAUGAAUCCAUUGGCCAGUUUUCCGAUUGUUGUUGGUUUAGGGAUGUUUUUCAAGUGUAUGGUGUCAUUCUCAUUGUAAUUUUUUGCUCAUCAGUUGUGGGACUAGACGGUGUGAUUUUUUGUUGCUUGUUUCCUGCUCUCGACCUAGUCCCGCUUGCUUGUUGUAUUCAACUUUAUUUAUCUGUCAGUUGAUUGAUUCUUGGCCAUGAGAUUAUUUUUUGUUCCUACCAUUUUGUUCACUCAGUUGUCUUGCCCUGUUCUAGAGACUCGUAGUUUCUGCUUAUGUAAUGUAUGUUUGUUCGAG